UUCAUGCUAGUUAAAAUUAAUGUUAAAUAAUAGUCAUAUCAGACAUAUCUGAACUAAAUCACAAAAAAGUGUUAAAAACGUCAUGGGACACCAAAGUGUGAGUAUUCAAGGAAUGUAACCGUUCGAAACGCGUUUGUAAUCCUUUCCAUUGCGCACGGUCAAGGCGCUGUGAACAAUUUCACCUUAAAAAAAAAAACUUUAAAUGUUUACUUCUACAUCUGUCACAUAUAGAAUUACCUUUAUUACCAAAAGGCAGAUGAACAAUGAGGCGAUUAUGCUGUGGCACUGCCUACCUAGAGAGCACUUCGGACAUUCUAGCUGCGUUUCAUGUCGGUUUAUCUGACUGUGAUGGCCAAACGUGCUCUCUGUGCAGGCAGGUCAUAGGAUACGAGACACAUCCUGUGUCCAAGACACUUGAGAUGAUUGUUUCGCUUUGAAUAAUUGUACGCAUCAUCACGUAAAAUUUGUUGACGCAAUUAAUUCCCCCCCCCUAUUUUCCGACGUGACAACCCCGGAAACCCGGGAGCUAUUUUUAUUUCUGCGAGAAUCGCAUUCAAAUCUCCAUGACAGAGUCGGUGGAGCGGUCUUCGGGAUAUGAUGUUCAUCACAUUGAGAAGUACCUCGAAUGAGUCGCGAAGAAUUAAAACCAGCCAGCUAAAGUAUUCAUUGCAGUCAAGGUCUCAGUCCCACUAUAGCUAUCAUUCCUUCAUCAGCCAGACAUUCUGCGAACCAGGCCACGGUCAAAUUGAAAACAAUCCAUGGAAUGUAACUUGGAGACCUCAGUCGAUUAGAAAAACAUACCUACACUUGUUGAAUAAGACUCUGUGAACAUGAGGUUAGAAAGAUGAACAUGUCUGAGGAGCAAAUAAACUGCACUAUAAGCUACGAGAUUCACCAGUACCUGUUUUCGGUUGCGUACAUCCUUGUCCUGCUAGUGGGUCUUCCUGCCAAUACUUACUCGCUCUACCAUGCCUGGCUGCAACUGAAAGCCCGAAAUGAGCUGGGGGUCUACUUGUUAAACCUGACCAUAUCCGAUCUGCUGUACCUGGCCUCCCUGCCCCUCUGGCUCAAGUAUAUCUUCCAAGGGGACAACUGGAGCAGCUCUGAGUGGCUCUGCCAACUGUCUGGUUUCCUGCUCUACGAGAACGUCUAUGUCAGCAUUGGUUUUCUGUGCUGUAUCUCCAUUGACCGGUACCUGGCAGUGGUCUACCCUUUCCACUUCAAGGCAUUCCGAUCGGUACGAGCAGCAUCGCUGGUCAGUGUGGUGGUCUGGCUCAAAGAGCUUGCCGUAGGAAUGGUGUUCUUCUGGCACAAGGAGCUCAGCAGAGACAGGAACAACCAAUCUGUGUGCUUUGAGCACUACCCCAUGAAGACAUGGGAGUACCCAAUAAACUACUACCGCUUUCACAUAGGUUUCCUGUUCCCUUUAGGAAUCCUCUCUGUGUCGUACUUUCGAGUCCUCCGAGCAGUGGGCAAGAGUGCAGGCACACAGACUGCCCAGAAAACUCGCAUCAAGUACCUGGUGACCAGCACCAUCGUCAUCUUCCUGGUUUGCUUCUCACCAUACCACAUCUUUCUGCUGGUACGCACCAUAUUUGAGCGGGACUGCGACUUCAUUGAGAACAUUUUCAACUACUACCACUUCUCUCUGUUGCUUACUAGUUUUAACUGCGUGGCGGAUCCAGCGCUCUAUUGUUUUAUCAGUGAGAGUGCCCAAAAGAGUAUCCAGAGGGCUCAGGAAGCUUGUACUCGGGUCUUAUGCUGUUGCUCAAAAAGUCAUGGAAGGUUCAACACACACUCUACCGAGCUUGCAGCCGCCAAUGAAAAUGUUACAGGUACCUCAGUAGUGACUUUCUUGCAGCAGAUCAAAACUGAUGUUUGAACAUUUUUGUUGUAUUAAUUAUCCAUACAAAGGACAUCGUACCGUUUAGCUACAGGCUCUUCAGUGGACAAAGGAAGCAUCAUAGAUGUACAGCUGCAUAUAUAUAUAUUUUUUUUAUUUUGCAUUGGUUUAAACAUUAUCCGACUUUGUCAGAGUCAGUCCUGUAUUUAGUUCUAAAAUUGAAUAGUAGUAUUUCAUGCUUUUGCUAAACUAGCCUGCUAACUGUUACGUGGUGUAAUGCUCAGGGAUUGCUAACUUGAAAAUCACUAGUGGAUGACAUUUGAUGUUUUAGGAACCAAUGAGCUAAACAUGUGCAUGUAGCGGUUAAAAAUCUGUGUCCAAGACUAAAACCAUUUCUUUGCUUUCAAA